AGAAAACGGCUUUUAGCUCUCCUUAAUACAAAAUGAAGUACACGAGGGUGGUUCUCAGAAUUUCCAACAUAUUUUUCCGAAAACUGUUUUGACGGUAACUUGGCAGCCUCAGAUUAGUAUAUAGGAUGAUCUGGAAUGAUGGAUUUUUUAUAAAAAAUGGAACCAUUCGAGACUUUAUGUGAACCGAUAUAAGACUUCAGGGAGCACAAAUUUUAUGUUUAUUAUUUUAAAACUCCGGUAAAUGCAGUGGCCUUCAAAAUUCCGAACAUUCAGCAAAUCUGAUCGUGUUAUUGACCUCCGGUAACGCACCGGUAUUAUCUCAUUAUCUGCCACACAUAACUUAAAUCACGUAUUAGCGUAGAACGAUCCACUAGAAUUCGUUGACAUCAAGUCUGGCGAAAGUUCAUCGCAAAUUUUUUCUCGAAGAUCGAAAAAGCGUUUUCUUGCUCCGAUAGAUCCUUUUGGAGCACCUAACACUUGUUACACAACUCAUAAACGAUGAUAGAUGGCAAUUUCACCUCCAGCCUUGGCGCUUGGCCUUGCAGCACAUACGAGCGACGUUCUUAAGGAUCCAGGGGAAAGUGGAAAUGCCCCACCUGUGAGGAUGUCUUCCAUAUCCCGAGCCUAUAUAACUGAUGAGGACCUUGCUACUAACCAUGAGUUAACAGUUCUUGCGAACGUAUUCAAGUGGGUGGCUCCCGAAAAAUCACGAUGAGGGUCCACUGGAACCUUGUGAUUUUCUUAGGUCUCAUCCUAGAAAUUACAUUGGUCCUGAGUAAAGCUGUGGAACCAGUGAGGAAGCCAACUGACCAAGUUGCAACUGAAACCAAAAACAAAGCUCAGAGAAGGGACGGCUACGAUUAUCCAGCGCCUGCGCAAAGCUUCAAUGAUGGCCACCAAGGAGGAGAUUUUGGCGCAGCAGCUGGCGGAUAUGAUCAAAGUGGCAACCAUGGAUCAUUUGGAGCAAGUGGUGGUGGUGGAUCUUUCGGAUCAAGCGGAGGAGGCUACGAUAGUGGUGGAUCAUCCCAGGGUCACGGUGGAUAUGAUAAUGGAGGUUCCAACCAAGGAGGAUAUGAUUAUUCCGGUGGUCAAACCGGUGUAGGUUCAGGCUACGACCUAGGAGGCGGCGGUCAUAACAUAGGAGGCGGUGGUCAUGACCUAGGAGGUGGAGGUCGAGACUUAGGAGGAAAUGGAGGCUACAACUUCGGAGGAACCGUUGAAGAACAUCACGUCGUUGAAGAAGAUCACCACGAAGUGCAUCAUGACCAUCACGAUCACCACGAUCCAGGCUAUUGGAAGAAGAAGAUGAUAUGGAAGAAAGGAUGGAAGAAGAUAUGGAAACCUGGCAAGAAGAAGAUCUGGGUCCCAUCCUGGAAGAAAAUCUGGAAACCGAUCUGGGUCCCCACCAAAAAACCAGGUUGGAAAGAGAUCCAAGUACCUGACUGGAAAAAGAUCUGGAAACCAGUUUGGAAACCCAUCAAGGUACCAAUUUGGAAAGACAUCAAAGUAGCUGACUGGAAAAAGAUAUACAAACCUGUUUGGAAGCCAAUUAAAGUACCCGCCUGGAAGGAAGUUCAAGUUCCAGCAUGGAAAAAGAUCUGGAAACCUGUGUGGAAGGAAAUUCAAGUCCCAGCUUGGAAAGAGAUUCAAGUGCCAGCUUGGAAAAAGCAUUACAUUCCAGUUUGGGUGAAAGAAGGAAUUCCCGGAAAGCAUUAUUUGGGCAAGGGUCACGAUGGUUCAGAAUAUAUUGCUCACGAUAUAUGGAAGAAGAAACUAAUCUGGAAACCAAUCUGGAAGAAAUAUUGGAAACCCGCGAAGAAACAGAUUUGGGUAUCAGACAAGAAACUCGAAUGGAAGGAGGCUUGGAAACAAGUCUGGAAAACAGAAAAGAAACAGAUCUGGGUCGACGACAAAAAACUCGUCUGGAAAGAAGCCUGGAAACAAAUCUGGAGAACCGAAAAGAAAGAAAUAUGGGUGACCGACAAGAAACUGGAAUGGAAAGAAGCCUGGAAGCAAAUCUGGAGGACGGAGAAGAAACAGAUUUGGCUCCCAGACAAGAAACUGGAGUGGAAAGAAGAUUGGAAGAAGGUUUGGUUUGAAAGUUACAAGGAUAUUUGGGUACCGGGAUGGAAGAUGAUAUGGCGACCAGUUAUCAUAUCAGAAUGGUUCCCUAGUCCUGAUCACCAUGAUAAGCAUGUUGAACAUGGUUGGGAUAGGAAAGACCAAUCAGGAAGUAAAGUUGAGAAUUUGACCAAUAACAAAUUGGCGAAAAGAAGUUCUGAAGAAAUUUCAAAAACUGCAACAUCAAGUACAAAUGAUUCCAGUAAAACCAAAAAGACCAGUUGGUCAUUUCCGUCGUAGCGCAAUCAUAGUACCUUUCUCUGUAUAUAGUUAGGUUUAAGUUAUUUUAUUUUGUAUAAAGAUUUAUAUUUAACUGACUGACUCGUAUAUUUUUAUUAAUAUUGUUGAAUAGUUUUUUAUUGUCGAUUUUGUUGUUGAAUUUUGUUAUUUUAUUCAAUAAAUCGAAA